AUGGCCGUUGCCGAGGGUAUUGAGACCAACCCACUCAAGAUGCCACCUCCAGCACCAGGCUGCUUCGACUCCUUCAGAGGCCUCUUCAUCACCCCUCCAACCUCCCAAAACCCCUCUAACCGCGCACCCUCCACCAAUGGCUCCUCCACCGGUAACAACAACAUCACCUCCGGUAUCCAUGCCCCCCUAGCCAUCGUCGACAUGGGCAGUAACGGGAUCCGGUUCGGGAUCAUUGCUUCUCUCGAUCGACACCUCCCCGUUCUGUAUGAGGAACGCGCUCCGAUUUCGUUGUUCGAGGCUCAGUUUUCGUCGAACGAGGGCGAGUCGGAUGAUCUGGACCUUGUCACGUUUGCUGCCUCAGGGGCUAGCGCACCACGCGCCACGAAUGGAAAGAAGAACGGUGCUGGGACCACGCCUCACUUGAACCGGUUGUCGUCGAAUAGGACGGCUGUCACGCCUUCGAUUUCCAACUCUGCGACCAUUGCUGUCAUGGGCAAGGCGGACGGUGAAGACGAAGAGGAGGAUCACCGAGACGAGGAUAUGGAGGAUCUCUUGGACGACGAAGCUAAUAACACCGGAGCUCUUAGCAAGGCCGAUCUGAGAAAGACCCUCGUCGCUAGCGGAGAGUUUGACCACGAUAUCACCAUCUCUGGAGCGACCCUCAAACCCAUCCGUGCCACUGGUUCUAAAACCACCUCUGAGCGUCAACCGAUCAGCGAGAAGGUCAUUGACGAGGUCGUCCGGACCUUUGAGCGCUGGCAGGCGCUCUGCCACCAGGCCAACGUUGAGGCUGUCCGUGUGAUCGCUACCGAAGCUACGAGGACCGCUCCAAACUCUGAAGAGUUCCAGGCUCGGAUCAAGGCUGCGACGGGUUGGUCGGUCGAGUUGUUGUCCAAGGCCCAGGAGGCUAAUAUUGGUGCAUUGGGGGUCAUGGCCUCGUAUCAUACCGUCCAGGGUCUGUUUAUGGAUUUGGGUGGUGGGUCCGUGCAGUUGAACUACAUUAUUCGUGGGCCUGGAGAUGGACAGGGCGCAAGUUCUCCAAAUGCUCAGUCGUGGCCUUAUGGUGCGGCCGCCUUGUCGAAGAGGUUGAAUGCCUGUGGGUCGGAUCAGGUCGCGCGACAGGAGAUCUUUGACGAGAUGGUGUUGGCGUUCAAGCAUGGUCUCGAGACUAUCAAUGUCGCGCCUGCGGUCCGUGAGCAUAACGAGCGAGAGGGUGGGUACAGGAUGUACCUGUCUGGUGGAGGGUUCCGGGCACUGGGCUACCUGCUGAUGGCGCACAAGAUGAAGAAAUCCAAGGAUGGAUCCCGCUACCCAAUCCCAAUCAUCAACGGAUACAUGGCUUCAGGAAAGGAACUGUCCAAGGUCGUCCACGAGUAUCGCAACCUCGCCCCCGAGGAGGUCCAGACCUGCUUCCGUGUCUCGAAGCGUCGUGCCAAGUUGGUCCCUGCCUGCGCGACUCUCAUGGCGGCCGUCAUGGAAGUAGUCCCUAUCAAGGAUGUCUUGUUUUCGGAGGGUGGUGUGCGUCAGGGUGGAUGCUUUGGAAUGUUACCGCCCGCGAUCCAGAACAAGGACCCAGCCUACGAGACUGUACAUAACUUUGUCCGCAACUUUGGAGGUGGACAACCCGCCUUGCACGCGUCGGAUUUGAACACUUUGACGUCGUUUGUCUCUUCGGCCCUGCCUCCAGAUUUCGCCAACUGUUGUCUCCUCCCUCCCAUUGCUGGUUCUGCACACGCGACGGAGGUCUCGGACAAGGAUGCGGAGGGACUGUCGGUCUUUAUCGAGAGUCUUCCUCGUCUGAUUCCCUUGUUGGUAUUGGUCAUGAACUGCUACAACCAACUCCCUAAGGAAGCCCGCUCCACCGCCGCCUGGCAGCUCUUCCUCCCCGGAGGCGCUCUCGCCAACUGCUACGGCCUCACCCACAACGACCGUGCCAUCCUCGCCACCGUCCUCUCUGAGCGUCAUGAGGGAGACCUUGCCGACCCCGAAUCGGGCGACGCGAUCAAGAAGCUGGUGCCCGGUGGCAAGAUUGCACGUCAAGCUGCCAAGUACCUCGGCAAGAUCUUGGCCCUUGCUGGGUUGUGUUCUCCCUUGCCCGGGUUGGCGACGUUGUUAUUGGGCACUGGAGGUGGACACUCGAAGCACGGUACUGGCCGCAUCUCGUUUGAACACCAUUCCCCACCCACUAUCGACACCGGUGCUGAAGGACGUAGGGAUGCGGACAGGACGCGUGUCGGCGAGGAGGACCGCUCCACUAUCGGCUCUUUUGAGGAGAGACAGCGAGACCUGAAUCAAGAAGUCGUGAUCUUGCGGCGCGGUCUGUCGUCCGAGGGACAGCAUGUUCAUGCACAGGUUGCGGUUCGUGUCGACAAGGGACAUCCAUUGUUGGAAGCGCCCCAUGUCCAUGAUGCGGUCAAGUCUCUUGCGGAGGCUGCUGCCAAGACCCAUGGCUUUGUUGGGUCUCACGGUUCGACUGUUGGGCAUGAUGAGGACCAUUACCCUAACAAGGGUAAAUCUGUCCAGUACUCUUAG